CGCUUUUAAUAGAAAAAUCUGGACUUGCAUCUUCUCUCUCUCUCUCCUCUCGUCCGCUUAAUAUCUACUCCUUACUACUUUCACACUCUCAACCUUGAUUUCUCUCAUUAGGCGGAUUGCUGAAUCUUCUCUUUAUUCCUCUGAUUAUUGUUCUCUGUUUCUUUCUAAUCCUCUCUCAGUUCAUUUCAAUUCUCUCUGUAAUUUUCUAUAACUCGAGAGAGACUCCAAAGUAUGUGUCUGGAGACUCUGGACACAGAAGAAUCCGCAGGGGAAACUAUGGAAAACCAAGAAAAGACGUGGCAGGGUUUCUUAAAUUCCCGUGUUGAGAAGAAUUGGGAACAAGAUUCACCUUCCACCUUCUCCAAUUCAUCUCCUCUUGAAAGCAUUUGUGAGGAUAAAGUGGUUAUAGACAGUAAACAGAACAAUUCAGGGAACUUUGUCCCAACUAUUCGGUCAGGAGAAUGGGCUGAUAUUGGAGGCCGGCAGUGCAUGGAGGAUACACAUGUCUGCAUUGGAGACUUGUCUAAGAAAUUUGGUUUUGAUGUCCUUGACAGAGAAGCUAUUUCCUUAUUUGGUGUAUUCGAUGGACAUGGAGGAAAGGGUGCUGCACAUUUUGUCCGUGACAAUUUGCCAAGGGUCAUUGCGGAGGAUGCUGCUUUUCCUUUGGAACUUGAAAAAGUGGUCAUGAGGUCAUUUAUGGAGACAGAUGCUGCAAUUGCAAGAAGGAGCUCGCUGCAGUCUGCCCUGUCUUCGGGCACUACUGCUCUCACUGCAAUGAUAUUUGGGAGAUCUCUGCUGGUUGCAAAUGCCGGGGAUUGUCGGGCUGUGUUAUCACGACUUGGAGUUGCCAUAGAAAUGUCAAGGGAUCAUAGACCCUGCUGUAUGACGGAAAGGAAGCGCAUUGAAUCCUUGGGUGGGUUCAUCGAUGAUGGUUAUUUGAAUGGGGAGUUGGGUGUAACCCGGGCUCUUGGGGAUUGGCACCUUCAAGGGAUGAAGGAAAUUGGUGAGCGAGGCGGACCCUUGAGUGCUGAACCAGAACUGAAAAUGAUCACACUGACCAAAGAGGAUGAGUUCUUGAUCAUCGGCAGUGAUGGAGUAUGGGAUGUAUUUUCAAACCAAAAUGCUGUUGACUUUAUUAGGAGGAGAUUACAGGAGCACAAUGAUGUGAAGCUGUGCUGUAAGGAAAUGGUGGAGGAGGGGAUAAAGCGUGAGACAACAGACAAUCUCACAAUUGUGUUAGUGUGUUUCCAUUCAGACCCACCCCCUCGAAGUGUGGUGCAGAAGGGUAGAGUCAGAAGGAGUAUAUCUGCAGAGGGGCUUCGCACUCUUCAGUCUCAGAUGUCUUCUAGGAGAGAACUAAUUUACGGUAGCUAAUCAAUUGGUUACUCUCUGGAGUUGUAUGUAACUCUUACUAGAAGUUAAUUGUCUUCCCUUUUAUUAUUUUUCUUGGAAUCAUUUUUGCCUCUUUCUAGGGGGAGGUGGGGUGAGUGAUGUAAUCUGUAUCAAAUUUCCUGCCAUGUCCUCAAAUUAUCAAAUUCUAUAUUCUUAAAUCUAUACAAACAAGACUUCUUUACAA